AGUGUACACAUGCGGAUACAUAAUAUUGUUACGAUUAUCAAUUACCGUUUAUUAUGAGGUUAUAUGUAUUAUUAAGUUUUUUCGAUGUGGUUAUAACGUGAAUCGCACAUUACAGUUUACAUAACAUAGAUGAACUGUUUUUUUAUGAGAUGAUGAUUUGUAGGUUAAGAGGAUUUAUUUAGUGGCACUUAUUUCUCCAUACUGGUUAGCGUUUUUUUAGCGAGUUAGUGUCAGUAUUCAUCCACAAUGAACACUACGGAUCAUUGUGGAACAAUCAGUUGAAUGGAAUUCAUCACUCUACAUCAACUUCAUUGACUACGAGAAAGCAUUUGAUAGCGUGGACAGGACAACACUAUGUAAACUUCUUCGACACUACGACGUGCCUCAGAGGGUAGUCAAUAUCACACGGUAUUCUUAUGAUGGAUUAAACUGCAAAAUCGUGCAUAGAGGACAGUUGACAGGCUCGUUCGAGAUAAAGACCGGUGUCAGGCAAGGUUGUUUACUCUCACCUGUCCUCUUUCUCCUGGUGAUCGACUGGAUUAUAAAGACGUCAACACCUGAGGGGAAGCAUGGGAUACAGUGGACACCCGGGAUGCAGCUGGACGAUCUAGACUUCGCAGAUAAUCUGGCUCUUCCAUCGCACAUGCAACAUCAAAUGCAGGAGAAGACGAACAAUGUAGCAGCAGCCUCAGCCACACUAGGUCUCAGCAUGCACAAAGGGAAAAGCAGGAUUCUUCGAUACAACACAGCAUGCACCGAUCCAAUCACAAUCGACGGAGAAGAUUUGGAAGAUGUAAAAACCUUUACAUAUCUAGGCAGCAUCAUUGAUGAACAGGGUGGAUCUGAUGCAGAUGUGAAGGCGCAGAUCGGCAAAGCAAGAGCAGCAUAUUUACAACUGAGGAACAUCUGGAACUCAAAGCAACUGUCAAGCAACACCAAGGUCAGGAUUUUCAAUACAAAUGUCAAGACAGUUCUACUGAACGGGGCGGAAACCUGGAGAACUACGAAAGCCAUCAUCCAGAAGAUACAAGUGUUUAUUAACAGCUAUCUACGCAGUCGCAGCUUCCGCUGUAUAAAUCACAUAUUUCAAAUAUACGCAGUUUAUAUACAAGCAAAUCAGACAGCACCACACCAUAAAACAGAAAAUAACAAUUAUACAAGGUCAAGUCAAAAGUGGCUGUGAGUGUGGGAGGCUGAAACUAAUAGAACGAGAAUAAC